AUGACGGGCUUUCUCACUAUCCUUUCUCUUUCGCUGGCAGCUUUGUCUGUGACUAAUGCCGCACAAAUUUUAAGUGUCCCCCAGGGGGCUGAAGUUGUCCCCAAUGGCUACAUCGUGGUCAUGAAAGAUGAUACCUCUGAGCAGGAUUUCUCUUCUCACCGUGCCUGGGUAUCCAACAUCCACCAUAACGUGACUCGUCGUGGCCUUAAUGGCGAAGGCGUCAAAGAGACGUACGACUUCGACAAUGUACGUGGAUACAGUGGUAUCUUUGAUAAGGACACCAUCAAGGACAUCUCAAACGAUCCAAAGGUCGCCUUUGUUGAGCCAGACGCUAUCAUCAAGCAGCAUGUUUUUGUUCAGCAGCGCAAGGCUCCAUGGGGCCUUUCCCGCCUCUCCAACCGCCGAGGAGGACGCAAUUAUGUAUUCGACAGCACUGCUGGCAACGGCGUAUGGGCCUACGUCGUUGAUUCGGGAGUUGAUAUCCAUCACUCCGAGUUUCAGGGUCGUGCCAUCUGGGGCUCAAAUCUUGUUGAUAACAAGAACUCAGAUGGAACCGGACACGGCACCCAUGUCGCUGGAACAAUUGCCGGCAAGACUUACGGAAUUGCGAAGAAGGCCAAGAUAAUUGCCGUUAAGGUGCUUGACUCCGAGGGUAAGGGUCCAACUAGUGGCAUCAUCGCUGGUAUCAACUGGAGCAUCAAGCAUGCCCGUCAACAUGGCAAGCUACAGAAGUCCGUCCUCAAUAUGUCCCUUGGAGGUUCCUACAGUGCUGGCCUGAACCAUGUUACUGCUCGGGCUAUCAAGGCUGGCAUGUUUGUUUCCGUUUCUGCUGGCAACGACAAUAUCAACUCGAAUAAUAACUCUCCAGCUUCUGAACGGUCCGUCUGCACAAUUGCAGCCAGCACAGAGAACGAUGGAAAGGCUUCGUUCUCCAACUGGGGCCCUGCCGUUGACCUCUAUGCCCCAGGCCAUAACAUUCUCUCAGCUCGACCCGGAGGUGGAAGCCAAACUAUGUCCGGAACUUCCAUGGCAGCUCCUCACGCUGCCGGCGUUGCGGCAUACCUCAUCGCCAAGGAGGGUAUUCCUGGUGACCGUGUCUGCCUUCGCCUCAAACAACUCAGUCGGCCUACUAUCCGCAAUCCCGGCCCAGAUACUACCAGCCGUCUACUUUACAAUGGCAGCGGCCGUUAG